AUGGGCGUCCAUAGCCAAAAUUCAGAUGGCUACUACAACCUCGGGUCGUUCCACCGGCCGGUGACCACCGCCAGCCCCGAGGCUCAGACCUGGUUUGAUCGAGGACUCAUCUGGACAUAUGCUUUCAACCAUGAAGAGGCAGUUCACUGUUUCGAAAAAGCCAUUGAGCAUGACCCCACUUUUGCCAUGGCGUACUGGGGGCUUUCGUAUGCCCUAGGCCCCAACUACAACAAGCCAUGGCAGUUCUUCGAUCAGCGGGAAUUAGAAUUGACAGUCCAGCGCACUCAUCGAGCAGCUGAAGAGGCCAGAAAGCACGGGAUUACGGCGAGACCCGUAGAGUCGGCACUUAUCGAAGCCCUCCAGAAACGAUACCCACAGGAUCAGCCACUAGGGGACUGCUCGUCUUGGAACCAGGGAUACGCCGAUGCUAUGGGAUCUGUCUAUCAAAGAUUCCCAGAUGACCUCGAUGUCGCAACAUUGUACGCAGAUUCGUUGAUGAACCUGACACCAUGGGAGCUGUGGGUUCUGAAGACUGGUCAGCCGGCACCAACCGCACGCACCCUUGAGAUCAAGACGGUGCUUGAACGAGCGUUAACACAGGACGGAGCUCUCCGUCACCCUGGCUUGUUGCACAUGUACAUCCAUCUGAUGGAGAUGUCGGGCGCACCCGAAACGGCUCUUCUAGCUGCGGAUAACCUACGUGGAUUGGUCCCUGAUGCGGGCCAUCUCAAUCACAUGCCUACUCAUUUGGAUAUUCUAUGUGGCGAUUAUCGGAAGGCAAUUGCGUCCAACUCUGAAGCGAUCCGAGCAGAUGAAAAGUUCCUCGCUCGUGCAGGAGCUGUUAACUUCUAUACCCUUUACCGGUCUCAUGACUAUCACUUCAGGAUCUAUGCUGCUAUGUUCGCAGGCCAGUCAAGGGUUGCCCUAGAUACUGCCCAAGAGCUGGAGUUAUCCAUCCCAGAUGAGCUUCUACGUCGCGAGUCACCGCCUAUGGCGGAUUGGCUUGAAGGGUUUUUGGCAAUGAAGGUGCAUGUCUUGAUUCGGUUCGGUCGGUGGCAGGAUAUCAUCUAUCUGGACGUUCCACGAGACGAGAAGCUAUACUGUGUGACAACCGCAAUGAUUCAUUACGGCAAAGGCGUCGCGUUCGCUGCGACAGGACAGGUCGACCAGGCAGAUAAGGAACGAGAGCUCUUCCAUAAAGCCUUAGAGCGUGUUGUGCCUACCCGCAUGCUGUUCAACAACAAAUGCAUUGACAUACUAGCCAUUGCAGAGGCAAUGCUUGAUGGGGAACUGGAGUAUCGCCAGGGCAAUUAUGAUGCUGCCUUUAGUCAUCUAAGACGUUCCAUUACCCUGGACGACGGUCUCCCUUACGACGAACCUUGGGGAUGGAUGCAGCCAACUCGGCAUGCUUACGGUGCUCUUCUACUUGAGCAAGGGCGGGUUGAAGAUGCGUCGGCAGUGUAUAGUGCUGAUCUGGGCCUAGAUGACACCUUACCUCGUGCACUGCAGCAUCCGAACAACGUGUGGUCGCUGCACGGGUAUCAUGAAUGCCUUAUUAAGCUUGGGCGAAUCGCUGAGGCACGCAUUAUCAAACAGCAACUGAAGCUUGCAGCAGCUACAGCUGAUGUCCGAAUCCAGUCGUCAUGUUACUGUCGCCGAAGUGAUACUGAUCAGGUUGAGUAG